GCGGGGCCGAACCGCUAUAAAGGCGGCGGCGAGUGCGGCCGCUCCGCCGCUCCCGCUCGCCAUGGCCAACCCGUCGCAGUGCCUGGAGGAGGGCGGCGGGCGCUGGCCGCCGCGGCCGCCCGGGCCGUACAGCGAGGCGCAGCGGCUGGCGCUGGAGGAGCUGGUGGCGGGCGGCCCCGAGGCGCUGCGGGCCUUCCUGCGGCGGGAGCGGCUGCCGCCCUUCCUCUCGGAGCCCGAGGUGCAGGCCAUCGCGCGGGGCGCGCUGCCGCCCGCCGCGGGCCCGGAGCCGGCGGGCGAGGCCUCGCUCGGCGCCUCCCUCGACGCCUCCUCGCUCACCUACUUCCCCGAGCGCUCGGACCUGGAGCCGCCGGCGCUGGAGCUGGGCUGGCCGGGCUUCGCCAGCGGCGCCUUCCGCGGGCUGACGCGGGUGGAGGCCCACUUCCAGCCCGGCUGCGGGGAGACCAUCUACGGCUGCAAGGAGGCGGUGCGGCGCCAGAUCCGCUCCGCGCGGCAGAUGAUUGCCCUGGUGAUGGAUUCCUUCACAGAUACUGAUAUCUUCAAAGACCUCUUGGAAGCUUGUAGCCAGCGGCAAGUUAAAGCGUAUAUUCUUCUAGAUCAGUCUUCGUUUUCCCACUUUCUGAAAAUGUGCAAGGAUCUGGGAGUUGACCUCGAACAGGAAAAGUUGAUAAGAGUUCGAACUCUCACUGGGAACACAUACUACACGAGGUCGGGUGCCAAAAUUGUUGGAAAAGUCCGUGAAAAGUUCAUGUUAAUCGAUGGCAUUAGAGUGACAACAGGCUCCUACAGUUUUACGUGGACAGAUGGGAAGCUGAACAGCAGUAACAUUUUGAUCCUGUCAGGCCCUGCAGUUGCACACUUUGACCUGGAAUUUCGGAUUCUUUAUGCACGGUCAAAGCCUAUCAACCUCAAAGAGUUACCCAGCUUCCAGAAGAGCAAGGUGUUGGACCAGCUGCUCAGGAUAACAGUGUCGUCCAGAGACUUGACCAGAGAAAACUUCCUGAGAAUGGAGUUUUUGUAUCUUAGAGCAUUUGUAGGAAAUCUGAAAAGGAAGCGAAGCUGGCUGCAUACCUCGAGGGAGGCAGUCUACGUGUCGAGUAACGCGCUGCAUGCCUCUCCUCCACUGACUAAGAGGAAUGGCUCUCUGGUUAUGAGGCCACACUGGAUCAUAGAGAGAUGAAUUGCAUGUUCGCUCGGAGGCGAGCAGCAGAACCUCAGGAGCCAUGUCCAGCCGUCCUUGCCCAGUACUGCCUUACAGCAUGUUUGUGAGAGAACAAACCUCGAACUGAGAGGAAUCGAUACUGGAAUUGUGGUUUCAUUUGAAGACCACUAUAAUGCAGAUCAACAGACACAGUUAUGGUAUUGUCUUAGCUCAGAUGUGUUUUAAAAAAAAACCAGCUCUUAACACCUGGGAAGCCAUUAUUGACUUCUAGUAUUCUGUCAGAUUUUCAUUUUUCAACCUAUUCUUACGUAUUUCAAGCUGAUGGGUUAGCAGUGUCUUAGCUCAGUAACUCAAGUCUCAUUUUUUAAGGAAUCUAUGUAUAGAAAAAUAAUAUUCCUUAAAGGUCUUCCAGAGAUGAAUAGCAGGACUGCUGCAUGGCUCUGAAAUCAGUCUAAGCUUAGUCUUGUGUUGCACAAACUCUCCACAAACUGUUUCACGACACACAACUGAAGUGGAGUAGCCAUAAUCUAGAAACUAGUAGAUCAGUACUGGGCUACUAGUCCUCAAAUGUUACACUUUCUUUGCACAAAGCUGUGCUGCUGGGCAGAAUGAGCUAAAGAGUCAGGCAAACAAGGCUUUUGCAAUGAUUGAAUUUCAAAUGACCUUUUUUUAUAGUUACAGGAAUACUUGGACUGUUGGACAUCAUGCAAUAAAUGCAUGCAAGGGAUAGUAUUCCUAAGAACCUACUAUGUUUGUAGUAAAGACAAAUGAGACCAUUUUGUUGGCAUUACUAUAUAUACUUUUUGGUUUCCUUAUGGUUGCUUCUGCUGUCCGAUCUUAGGGGAGAAGUUGAGCAGAUCUGAAAUCUGUGAAGCUGCUGCUGCUUCUCAAAAGCCUUAGUUCUGCCAAACGUGCAAUAACACAAAAGUCAGAAAUAGAACCAUUUCUUUUUAAGGUUUCAUGCAAGCUUGAUUUAAAAAAAAAAUAAAUACAUCCAUUAUUGGAGAAGACCAAAUAAACCCAAAUGAAUGAACUAUCCUCCCAAACAGCUGUAUAUCGAGGCGCUGAAGUCCCAGCAGCUGGCCAGUGCAGAAACUCUUGUUAGUCCAACCACAGCAGCUGUGGCAAAAGUGCACCGUUUCUCAAAAUGUUGUUGAGGCUCUUGCUACUGCAGAAAACUCGGGUGUGUGCUUGUGUGAGUGAGUGUCUUGUGCGUUCUGGCCUUCAAAGGGGAAGGUUAAAACUUAGCUGAGGAAUUUCAUAUGGGUCUCUGCCACACGUCAGCAGGACAGCAUUACAUUGGACAUGCAGAGCUUACAGAAAUGGUCUUUGCGGGCAAUGCAAUAAUGUACCGAUUUGGAUAUAACUAGUCUGCACCCUUUUCUUUCCUGUGCUUGCAAUCAUGGAAAUGUAAUAAUUGCGACUCUCCUAACCUGUAAAUGUUCAAUAGUUUAUAGUUCAGUAGUCUUAACUUUUAUCCAGAUGUAAAGAAGUUUGAAACAUGAAUUUUUAUUCUUAACUAUAGUUCCCAUAAGCACAAAAAACCCUCAGUGUUGUACUCUAUGCAAAAUAUUGAUUGUGCAAUCUUAUUUUCACAAUUAUUUUCUGUAUAUGUUUUCUCAAAUACAAAAUUUUAACUUUGUUAUUUAUCUCAUUGCUUUAAUAGGCAACUCUUUCCAUGUACCAUUAGCUAGCAGGGCUUUUUCUCACCAGUUGCUAAUGUAUUGAUGAUACGAAAUACUGUGGGUAAGAGUUGUUUAUUUUUGAUAGAGUGGACUUAAUCUGGAAAGCACGUUGAAAUAAAUCGCUAAAUUUUUAAGAAUGUCUUUAAUUAUAACUGAAUAACCUCUUUUAGAUGUGGUUACCUAGAGACUUAGCUUAACGAGUGACCAUGGAGGUACAGCGGUGUGGAGUCUGUGCGAAUCACCAUGUGGCUAGCGUGUCAAGUUACUAAUGAAGAAUGAGAAUGAU